GCCACACCGGCGCAUGCGAAAGCGUGGCGCCUCACCACAGUUUUGUUUGCCGUCUGUUGCUCUAAUUUCACCACACGGGCACUGCCACACGGCAAAGCGAUCCAACGCACACUCAACCCCUGCCACCUCGGCGGUUCUAAACGCUUCCGAGGUCACAGGCCCUGCGCAAAAGUAAAGACAUUUGUGUUAUCGCUGCUACCCGGUGACUGUAAAGCGCCGGACACCAUAGCAGCCGGGUGAAGGUGGUACAAAAACCGGGAGCCGCGGGCAGUUACCGAGAAAAAGAAAGAACACUGAAAGUCAAAACAAGAUGAAAGUAAUCUUGCAGAGGGUCCUGUCUGCUAGCGUCACGGUAGACAAGAAGAUAGUUUCUUCCAUUGGGAAGGGCAUAUUGGUCUUUGCAGCAGUGGCCCCUGGAGAUACGGAGAAAGAAUGCGAGACCAUGGCGGCCAAGGUGCUCAAGAUCAGGCUUUGGGAUGACGAUUCCGGCGGCAGAUGGAAGCACAGCGUUAAAGAUAUAAAAGCGGAGGUUCUUUGCGUUUCCCAAUUUACCCUGCUCGCGUCAACGAAAAAAGGAAGCAAGCCGGAUUUCCACGGGGCCAUGGGGGGUGAAGAUGCCAAGCGGCUAUAUCACCAUUUCCUCCAGAAGGUCAAGGACGGCUACGAAGCCGACAAGGUGAAGGACGGCGUUUUCCAGGCCAUGAUGGAGGUGGCCCUGGUCAAUGAUGGCCCUGUUACGCUGGAAUUCAACGUCGAGCCCCCAAAGCCGAAAACUCCUAAAGGAACGUCGAGUGCUGCUGAAAAGGUAACGGAAGCUCCAUCACCAGCCCCAUAAAAUGCGGAUUUCAGUAGAGGAUUCCAUUGAGCAGGAUGCUAUCCAAGAAGGGCUUCACAAAUAAUACCUGGGUAGACAUACAUGAGUAGAUUACAUAGUAGACAGACACAUCAGUUCCAGAGCAAACCAGAGCGAAGUCAAUCGACCAAACAGACAGCCUGCUUGGCAACCAAAGAAUUUCCCAAUGCGGU